AUGUUGAAGGAACGGGCAUUUAGUGCUCCUGGCAAGGCUUUAUUGGCUGGUGGUUAUCUAGUGUUAGAUCCCCAAUAUCGAUCAUAUGUCGUGGCCCUGUCAGCACGAAUGCACGCUGUCGUGGCGGAGACAAAGAGUAGUGGCGAAAAUUGGUUCAUGGUCAGAAUCGUGAGCGCACAAUUCAAUUGCGACGAGUGGAAUUAUCGGGUAUCCCACUCGUCGAAGUACGAAAUUUCGGAAAUCAACGGGCGUGUGAAUCCAUUCGCAGAGAGGGCACUCGAGGUUAUGGUCAAUUAUUGCCAGCCAGACGUUCAGAAAAUGGUGGACCUUGUUAUUGAGCUUUUCUCGGAUGCGGGCUAUCAUUCUGAAGGCGAUAGUCUGAUCAAGCGCAACCAUUUCAGGCAGUUUCGCUUUCACAACCGCACGAUCACUGAGGUUCCUAAAACAGGGCUCGGGUCCUCGGCUGGUUUGGUAGUUGUAUUAACUGCUUCCUUACUUUAUGCGUUCCGUUCAGAAUUUGAUGCAACGUCUGACUUGGACAAAAGCACUGUACACAACCUGGCACAAGUAGCGCACUGCCAGGCGCAAGGUAAAGUCGGUAGUGGAUUCGACGUUGCGGCCGCAGUUUUUGGCUCCAUUAUCUAUCAGAGAUUUGACCCCAAGCUGAUAGAAAACCUUCCCACUGACCAGCCUUCUAUAUACGCCCAGUCAUUGCGUCACAUUAUUGACAUGCAAUGGGAGUUUACCCACGACAAUAUCACCUUGCCGAGGGGCAUUCGCUUAAUGAUGGGGGAUGUUAAUAGUGGGUCAGAGACCACGAAACUCGUGGCCAAGGUUAGAGCCUGGUAUGAAUCCAACUAUCCUAAGAGUUUAGGAAUUUAUCAAGAAAUUAACGAGGGCAACCUUCGAUUCAUUGACGGUAUCGAAAAACUAUCCACCCUUUCACAGCAGGAUCCAAGUCGGUACGAAAGGCUUUUGGAAGCUGUGGAAUCAGAUUCAAACACAAAGGAAAUCCCUGAAAUCGCUCAAAUUGAGGCAGCAGUCAAUAAAAUUAGGAGUAAUUUACAAGUUAUAACGAGUGAGUCUGGCGCUGAUGUGGAACCGCCUGCACAGACCAAGCUGCUGAAUAGCUGCUCGAACCUAAAAGGAGUGAUCACGGGUGUGGUCCCAGGCGCAGGGGGGCACGACGCCAUUUGUCUUUUAUUAUCAGACGGGACUGAUAUUGUUAAGCAAACUUCUAACAACGACACAUUUUCUUGUGUUGCAUGGUUAGAUUUGCAUCAAGAGAACUUUGGCUUGAAGGAAGAAGCCCCGUUAUAUUACAAAGGACUACGAUGA